AACUGGAUAACUGGUGACCGUGGGAUCAAUGGAGCAAUCUGGGAAGGAUCUGAACCUCUCCUUUCUGCUGGAACAUGAACGAGAAAUGAUCCUGAAGGUGCUGCAGAAAGACGAGAAGCUGAGGAAAAGAGAGGAGAAGAGGAUUCGGAGGCUGAAGAAUGAGCUGCUGGAGGUCAAACAAAAGGGUUUCAUCCGGCCCCAGGAUUUGGGAGCCCGACAGUGCACUCGCUGCCUCAAGACCCUGGGCCUGAUCUUCGACCGGGGCGAUCUCUGCGAGGAGUGCCAGUCUCGCAUCUGCAGCAGCUGCCGUGUUGUGAACCCCAGAUCACGCCAGUGGAGAUGUACCUUCUGUGACAAGCUCACGGAGCUGAAGGUGUCGAGCGGAGAGUGGUUCCUGGAGGAGAGGUCUAAGCGCUUUGAGCGGGGGCAGUUGAGCAGUGACGUGGUCAAACAGACGAUCCUGAGCGCCCCACUGAGCCCAGAAGUAAAAAGGGCCGCCCCUUCAAAGCAGGAGAAACCUGAGCCUGCAGUAUCCAACAGAUUAACUGUACUCAAUGGUGCCAGGAGAAAAGGGGGUGGUGCAGAGGGUAUGGAGUCCAUGGCAUCCAAAGACCUACGUCCCCGGUCUCUGGACAGAUCAUCCAAUCUUGAUGCUAAUCGGAGGGUCAGGCCUGAAGGAGCAGAGAGUGACGACCCUGAGGGCGCACCUGAGAAGAAACCUUCCGGCCCGAGCAUUUCUGUAUCCAGGCCCUCGGUUUCAUCAGAUCACAGUCGAUCAGAGUGUGACCUGUUAUCUCCCGGCUCUGAACCCAGUGACAAUGCCCUCUCUGUCAGAAGCCGCUCAGUCCCCGGGCUCAACGAAACGGAGUUUUCUGACGAGGAGGAGGACAUCGACGCCCUGAUGUCAGCCCACAGCAGGAUUACGGGCAGACGCCUCAGCAACGCCGUGUCAACGAGCAGUAUAAACAGCACGAUGAGCAUGUACAGCGAGACCGGUGACUAUGGCAACGCAAAGGUGAGCGGCGAGAUCCUGCUCAAUGUCAGCUACAGCUACAAGACCGGCGCUCUCAGUGUCCUCGUGAAAGAAUGUCACAACCUGGCAGUAGGAGAUGAGAGGAGGCAGCGCACAGACGCGUAUGUGAAGACUUACCUGUUGCCAGAUAAGUCCCGACAGAGUAAGAGGAAGACGAGCAUCAAGGCCAACACCAUUAACCCUGUUUUCAAUGAGACUCUGCGGUAUGUGAUCAGCCACUCGCAGCUGGAGACACGAACCCUGCAGGUGUCCGUAUGGCACCACGACCGGUUUGGACGCAACAGCUUCCUGGGAGAAGUGGAGCUGGCCUUUGACGCCUGGAAAUUCGAUUGCCACAUAGAGGAGUGGUACACGCUGCAGCCCAAGGUGGAGGGCAGUAUAGACUCAAUGCUGCAGUAUAAAGGAGAACUGACUGUUGUGUUGAAGUACAUCCCUGAAGGAAAGAACGUCACACCGACUGCGGACCAAGUACAAGUGAAAAAGAGUUUUCUGAAGGGCAAAAAGACGAGCCCUUUAACUCUGCCUGAAGGGGGCAUGGUUGAGCUGCUGGUCAAAGGAGCCAAAAAUCUCACUGCUGUCAAGUCUGGAGGCUACUCGGAUCCUUUUGUGAAAGGAUACCUCCUCCCUGAUAGCAACAAGUCAACCAAGCACAAGACCGUGGUGGAGCGACACACCGUGAACCCACAGUGGAACCACACCUUCACCUACUGCGGCCUGCAGCCGGGAGACCUUAACAACGUCUGCCUGGAGCUGACUGUGUGGGACAAAGAAACUGUGUCCAGCAACGUCUUCCUGGGAGGGGUGAGGCUGGGAGCUGGCACAGGGGAAAGCUAUGGGAAGGAGGUCGACUGGAUGGAUUCGUACGGGGAGGAAAAGCGGCUGUGGCAACGAAUGAUUGAAAAUCCUGAAGUCCCUCAUGAGUGCACUCUGAUGCUGCGAUCCAGCAUGUGCAAGCACAAUACAUGAACCCAAACGAAGCACAGCUAGAGAAAAGACUGAGACUGAAAGGGAGAAGGGAAAGAAGUCGUCUGAAGGUGUGAGGAGGAGCUAGAAAAGUGGAGCGGUCAAGGGGUAAAAAAAAGAAAGCGGUGAGGGGGUCAGGACUCAGAAUAGGAACAAAGCCCGUCCCUCUCCCUGCUUCUUUUCUCUUCAGAUCCCUUCUCCCAUCCACAGCAGCCAGUCAUGCCUUACACAUUCAUUCAAAUGUGCCCCUCGGCCCUCAAAAGCAUCUAGUCUUGACCAAACACUGCUGUUUAUGGAAAACCAAGUGCUGUAUUUAACAUACUGUAUCUUCUGAAUAAGCACACGGUGACUCCCAAUAUGUCCGUCUGUGUCUCUGUGAGUCAUUUCUGCAUGUAGCUGUUGGAGACCAUUCACAAGGCAUUAGACGAGGCACCGAUCAGUUAUAAAUAAAUGUGAACACUCCCCUUAUAAACAGCAAAGCUGAAUCCUGCUUUGAAGCACAUGGGAUGUUGAGUUCAUCCCCUCAAACAGCUGUGUACAGGUGUAGAAAGUGACUCACUCUCACUACUGUGCUGCUCAAGAAGUACUUUCACUUGAAUUUACUUCUUCAUAGGCUUUCUUUUAGAUUAAGGAAAAGAUUAGCAACAGAACACUUGAUGGAGAGAUUUAAAUUACAUAUACAUACAUAUAAUUUAAUAAAAUGAAAAAUAAAAUGAAGUUUACUCAGUUGACAUUAAAAUAGAAGAGCAGGAAAAAAGUCGCUUUUGAGAAGCUGGGUGUAGCUGGGUAAUUUUUCCAUGGAUAAUAUAGCAAUGGAGGGAUGUUGUGAAUCCUGUACAUUCAUUGUCCCCAUAGGAUGUACCCUCAGGAUGAUAAUGAUUCCCUAAUAUUCCCUUUGGCUUUGGCUUUGCCUGCAGGAGGAAGCUUUCACUUAUCCUGUAAAGUGGUGUUAUAUCAAUGUUCAAAACUGCUGUGCUGGUGAACCAUGAAUAGUUCCUGGUUGGCGCAUCCUAGUGAACCCAACUUCCUCAAUCAGCCGCUCAAGGGUCGCAUUUGAAUUUUGAGUGCAAUAUCUUUAACCGAUAAAUUGUGUGAACAAAAUGUUAUGGCAUUCAUAACCCUCUUAGAAUUUUUCUUUUAAUAACUCUUGCGAUCUGAACAUUUGUUUAUGCCCCCAUCCGAUCAGAACAAAGUGCUAAUUUGCAAAUGUUAGCAUGCUAACACAGUAAAGCUAAACAUCACACUAUCAGUAUGCUAACUCUAGCAUUUAGGUUUGUUGCUUGCAUGGCUGUUGUCCUUUUAAAGUGCAUCUGCACGGGAAGCGGUUUGUAGUAAAAUGCUACAGGAAGUCAAUGACAUUUGGCAACUUUAAGCUGCUAUGGGUGGAGGAGGGGGGAAAAACACUGCCACAGAGUAGAUGGGUACUGAGACAAGCUUUUCUCAACUUCAAGGCAAGUGGCUGAAGCAAGUACUAAUAAGUAAAUUAGAGGGUUAACUCGUAAACACAUAUAACCCUAACCCUUACCCUGGAAUUUAUGCGUCGUUUACCAAAACGAUGGGUCAAGCAAAUCGCCCCCUGAGUGUAUGCAGCUUUAAGCCAGGUUCAGAUGAUACAGUGGCCUUUGAGAUUACGCCGCUAUAGACUGAAAUGAUUUGACCAGUAAUAGAGGUAAUUUGUGCACAUUGCUUGAGUUGUCCGUCAUAUUGAAUGUCACGUAACCACCGGUCAUGAGUAAAAUCUGUAUUCCCCAACUGGUUUGCAAGUGGUUGCUGGAUGUUGCUGGGUAAAGUCUCAAAGAGGCUGCUGCACCAAAAACCUCCUUGCAAUUGCCUUGGCUGUUAGCAGAGUGUCAAGUUUGGUUGUAAUUUGUGUGAAAGAUGCCUUCUUGCCUAGAAACACUCACUAACAACUAGCGAAGUGCUAAAUAAACUUUAAAAAGUGCCAGGAAAAUGGAAAACGCAAAAUUUUCACCUUCAAAGUAAAAGUCAAAGGUGCAACUGUUGUGGUUAUUAUCACACUUUUCACAACGGCGCUACCACUCCACCAGUGAGUAGCUGGUGAGUCUCUGACAAUUGCUACAACCUGAACAGUCUGCUAGCAACCAAGGCAACAAAUACAUGUACUAAAACAGGUCAGGGAUGUUUGCUGUCAACUGGUAAGCACCAUCGGUCUCUAAGGCUGUGUGACUCGAGCCUUAUUCACUUGACCCUACAUUGUGGCACGUACAAAACAGCAGACAAGUAACAUGAUUGGAAAAUGUCACAAGCCAGUAGUUUGCAUUCUUUCAUGACCUGUGUGAUGUCAUCAGAUGGAAAGAUGCAGGUGCCAACUGGAAAACUAUGCGCACAAUGCUUGUUUUCUACCCCAAACCCUGACACCUUUCUGCUGUUUUGUAGUCCAAACCUGACGUAGUCCUAUUCUUUGAGAAAAAAAAAGAAAGUUGCUUUGAUUUUUUUGUUUUGAUUGACUAAAUAAUUACAGAUUACCCAGCUUAGACUAGCUUUGAUGUAAAUUACGUAACACUGUAUCAGUGUGAUAAUAGAAAAUGCAUGGUAUUAGAGAAAACAGAAGUAGAAGAACAAAAGUUUAUAUAAAGCACUGACAUUGUCACUUUACUGCUAGAAAACAGAGUGAUUUGAAGUGCGUUCCCAGCAACCCCUGAGAAGGAGGCUGUUUGCUAAGAGUGAGUCAGCACUGAGGCGAGCGCCUCCAUCUCAGUAAUGAGCCGGUGACAGUCGGUGACCUUGCCCCUGUCGCCCGGAGCUCUGUGGUCCACCGUCAUGCGAUGAAAUGCACAGUUGACAAAAACUCAUCUCAAGAUAAACUCCGUAGAGCAAUUCUUUAUGUGGAAUGCCAAUUUUGUCUGCUUGUCCUCUGAAAACCGUCCGCUCUCAGCUCCCAGUUUGACACCCAGUUAUAGUAAUAAUACAUGUGUUAACUGUCCAGCAUACAUGACAAGUCGUGCAAUACCCAGUUACCGAGAAAACUCUUGAUGUACAGCAUGUACUCUCUGUUGUCUGGUUUCCAUGCAUCGGAUUCACUGUUUAAAAGCCCUUAUCAUCCCAAAUGUGUUACGAGAAUAUUUUGAAUUAAACACUCUUUCCAUA